UAUUUGAAUCCGCUCAUAAAAAACAAAAGUGAGUUUGUUUGACUAGCUUAAAAUUAGGCAUUGACCGUCCUCCCUCCUCUUCUAUAAAGUUGAAGAAUCAAACCCAAUCGCAACACCAAAACAAAAAAGAUGGCGCCAAAAAGAAAACAUUCCUCAAUCUUCAUCGGUAACUGCGAAAUUACCGUCCAAGCCAGUACUUUCACCUGCAAUUCCAGUUCCAGCGAACUCUUAAUCUCUCUUCCUCGUAGCGGAAAUAUCAAAGUAUCUGAUGUUUCUGCAAACCAUAAAAACGCUUCUGAGAAUUUCACUCCUGAAGAAAGAGAACAUGAGUUCAUGCUGGUUAAUCCUAAAGAUGUUGAUGAUAUUACCAAAUCAUACCUUCAGGAGGUAUUACAGAUGUAUAUGACUGAGCUACCUGGGAUGAAUUAUGCUGCAAAUACCGGAAAGCAAUCAAAGUUUCUUGAGAGAUGUGUGACUAAUGGGAAAUAUCGAACACUACUUCUGAAAUCCAGUUUGGCUGGAGAUUCAGGAAAGGUUUUGGCUGCAAUUACUUAUCAAAUCGUCCCUGCAGACACAGAAUAUGCAGAGAUCCCACUUGCAGCUGUCAAUGCAAUCUAUCAACGGAAGGGUUUUGGUCAGAUAUUGUUUCUAGAGCUCCGGAAGAGACUUCAAAAUGUUGGCAUUCGCUCUAUUUUCUGUUGGGGAGACAAAGAAUCUGAAGGAUUUUGGCUUAAACAGGGUUUUUCAUCAAUAGCACAGGUGGAUACAAAAGGUAGAGCCCGCAGGUUCCCAGUAAAAGCUGAUAUUCGUAAAGCAUUAUGCUUUCCUGGUGGUUCAACUCUCAUGAUUCUCCACCUAAAGAAGGAACUGUUUGAUGACAAUGCUAACUCUGGGAAGUGUCUCCCCUCACAGCCUCAUCAGAAUUCCUUUACACCUGCAAUUGUUGAAAAUGAGCAGCUCGAAUUCUCAGAUGAACUACUCAUUAACUUGAAAUCUUCCCAUAGAACAGACACAAGUCAAAGUAAACCCAAUGCUUUGGUAAAAGUUGGAUCUUCACAAGGACAUGGAAAACUCAGUGGAUUUGACAGUCAGAAUCCUAAGAACUGCUGCAAUGACACUGUGGAUUCUGCCAGAGCAAAUGAUGAUAGACAAGCAAAUGGUGCAGAUUGUACCCAGGAAGAAAAUUAUGCUAAUGCGGUGAAUUGUUCUCAAUCUACAAAAGUUUUAAAGAGGGCCUGGGAAGCCUCUUCAUCCUCGUUGAAGUCAAAGAGAGUGAGGGGAAGCCAGUUUGUUGACUGUCGAUCAGAUUCUAGCUGGGGUUUUGUCUCCGAGGCUGGUAGGGCCAAUCCAUGUUCUGCGGAAUCCCCUCAUUGUGAUACUUCAAUUACAAAGAACUCUGAAAAAUGUAUUGGAGACCAUAUGCAUUUAGAAGCUCCGAUCAGCCUAAAACUGCCAUCAACUAAACAAUGCUUUAGAAUCAUGUUGAUGAACAUCACCGAUGACGCUAAGAAAACACAGCUUACAAAGGUGAUUGAAGACCUAGGUGGAACUAUUGCCUCUGAUGGAAGCUCAACCACACAUGUUGUCACAGGACAAGUGAGAAAAACUCUGAAUUUCUGUACUGCUCUCUGUUCCGGUGCUUGGGUGGUCUCAUCGAGUUGGUUAAAAGAAAGUUUUCGGGAAGGCAGAUUUGUUGAUGAAUUACCUCACAUUCUGAAUGAUAAGGAUUAUUUGUUGAAGUACAAAUCGGAUUUAAGAAGUGCAGUUUUACGAGCAAAAGCUUGUCCCCAUUCUUUGUUUAAGGGUUAUAAUAUAUGUAUUGCAGCUAAUGUUCAAACUCCUGCAAAAACUCUGUCUGCUAUUGUUAGGUCUGCUGGUGGUAAUGUUAUUAGUGGACUUAAAAAAGUAAAUGAAGCAUCAACAACAAUCUUUGUGACUUGCGAAGAAGACAUUGAAGAAGCAAUGAUGGCUGCAAAGAAAGGUAUAAGGACUUUCGAUAGUGAGUGGUUUAUGAACUGUGUCAUGAGACAAGAGCUCGACUUGGAAGCCUCCCAAUUUGCAGAGUCCUUAUCAGAUUGCUAACAUGCCUUUUGAAAUGUAUAUAAGAAUAUUUAUGUUUCAUUUAAAUAGAUGACCGAGUUUUUUUAGUAGAACAAGAGUUUGUUAGCAAACUUGUCCUUCGUACGGUUGAUGACUAAUCGGACUAAAUCUCAAACGAGGUUUCAAAAGAUACCGUAGUUAGGCAUAUAUUGGCUUUUGCAUUGAUUUUUCGGCUGGAAUUGAGAAUUACUUUCCAAGAUUUCCAUUUUAUUCAAACAUUAACAUUUCUAUAGCAAAUUUUCUUUUCCAUCUUA